GCCAUACAGGAGGAACCUUGCGGGUACUGGAUUGCAGGCUCGCUCGCGUACAUCGAGGAUUGGAGUUAUGAUGAACGGCUAGAACACAAUGCGGCCGAACAGGAUGUAGCGGUACGAGCCGAGUGUGCCACGCCGACGGUGAGUGGCACACAUGCAUGGUAGACUUUAUGAUGGGGGGCUGACGCGACCCAACAGGACAAGACCUCCGUCAUGUGUAAUGCUGGCCACAAAAGCUCUGCAGCGAAGGCAGCAAUAGAACACGUUUCCGGCAUCGUCUCGGACGACUCUUCCCCUCCUGUUACUCCGAGGUCCCUACUGUCUGGUGUCCCCUACACGCACGAACGCAUCGAUGUGAAGACAGGAUACGCAGACGUCACGGUCGCCGAGCAAGCGUCGCUGACAUCGGUGGAUCCCCGUUCGUUCCGCAGUGAGAUAGACCCUACAGAUGUCGACAAUGCGGCUGAGACGCCCAGCACCGACAUCGAGCGCUCAGCCUUCUCGGUGAUCACCAUCCGCUUGCAUCUUGGAACCCCUCCCCUGCAGCAGGGCGGCAGCGAGGAAAAGAUUGAGGAAAGCCGAAAUAUCGAAGCUCCGCGAGAAAUAUCCCCGGCAGGAUUGCAGUUCUAUCGGGAACUCUUCGCACACUGGGCUUCACCAAGGAGACCUACUGACCAGCCGAUCGCCAAGAAGCCCGACACAAUGAACACGCUCGCCACGAUGCCGAAGCUCCCCACGGUAAAGAAAAGUGCCGUAGCGAGAAAGCCAGGCAUGAAGCUGAAACGUCGUCCUCAGUGGGGAGCGGUAGACAAUAUACCUAUUUACGUCGACAAGGCUCGGGCAUGGCGGGAAUUCAUCGCAGCGGUUUGGAACGAGUUGGCUGAUGAGUACGAUCUCCGAGGUGCUGCAGUACAGCCUAUACAGGGAGAAGCCAUGGAAGACGAGGUGCGUGCACGCAACCACAGAGGUGGAGAUUGUUAGAGUUAACAAAUAGGGAAUGCGAUAUCCGUAGGAACCCGAGGUACUAAAGCACGAUAUCGCGCUUAAUCAGGAAGGCAUGGAAGACGCAGCCACAGACGACUCGAGCCAUUCCACAGGUGGCCAACCUGCGAGGGGAUCAGAAAGGAAGCCUCGACCAAUGACUAUACAGGAACGGCUGGAGCUGACCAAGAACAAGCAGCUUGCGUGCCUUGAGAAGUAUAGGAUGCAGCAGACUAAACCAUGCGAGGGUCGAUAUCUCUCACUGACGCGUCAGGAGGCAAUGCUUCACGUUCUCGGCAUGAUGAUCGUCAUG